ACCGUCAACGCCAACAGUACGAUUGUGAAAUCAAAAUAGCUGAUUGUUUACAAUUUUGUAAAAAAUUAACCUAUAUUUAAAACUAUUACCACAACAAUAACAAUUUAACAUAAAUAAUAUCUGGAAAGCUUGGAUUUUGGCGAAAAAUGAAUUGUAUGCGGUUAUUUCGUGAAAUACAAUUCAAAUCUAUUCAUAAAAUUUGUCAUGCAAAAUUUACAGGACAUCAUCCAAUUAAGUUUUCAGAAACACAAAAUAAGUACAGAAAAAAGGAUGAAGUAUCAGCAAAUUGGAACCUUAUUUAUAAAGCACCCAUGGAGAAUGGUAUAAAUGUUGCCACAGCUUACCUCACAUUUUCAUCAAGUUUUUUUGCAGUUUCAGCACUAUACUAUGCAUUGUUUUCAUUUGAUGUUAAUACAAUGAAUGAUCCAGUAUUAUUGGGAAAUGGUGUCGUAAUUGCUAACAAUGCUUCUGAAUGUUUAGUGUAUUUGGUGGCAUUUUGUGUAUUUCAUAUUGCUGUUAAGAUAUUACUUUCAAAAUAUGUGGUACGCUUGUAUCAAAAUGGUGAUGAGUACAUAGCAAUAUUUAGAGGGCAUUGGUACAAUUCCAUAAAAAAACAUAAAUUUCAUUUGAAUGAAUUUAAGAGACUUAGUCCAACAUUUGUUGUUACUUGGGGUGAGUCAAGAUAUGGCCUCGGAGAUAAACAUGGAAUUCUGUUAGAAAAUUAUUUCAAGACACCUGAAUGUUUGAAUUACUUAUUGUACAAGAAAAAACCUGAAGAAAAUGAUUAAUAUUUUGUUUCAAAGUACAAAAAUUGUAAAAAUAUUUAAGAGUAUAUUUUGGUGUAGUCAUUAAGACAGACUAAUAGAUUGUGAAAUGCCAAUUUUUGUCAAUUUAUAUAUUUCUCAUAAAGGGUUGCCUUGCUAAAUACCUACACAAAAUUUUUUCAAAGAGGAUGUCAAUACUAUGUAAUGAGAGGCGGGACUACCUAACUAAAAAUUAAAAUUUAGUUUAGUAUGAAACAUGCAGCUAUUUGACAUAAGUUUGAAAUAGAAGUAAUUACAGUAUUGGGAUUGAUCAAAGUAUAAUCCGGCUAAGUUUGAAAGCGAACAGUUUCUUAAAAUGUAGUGGAUUUCAGCUAUCUCUGUUUUAAACAAGAUAAUAGCUGUCAUCUGGCAAUCUAUCAAUGACUGCCGGUUUCAUACAAUCAAGUGAAUUACUUUUUUCUUAGAGUUUUGCUAGGCUGAAUUGUUUAUUUGACACUAUAAGGAUGGGAACACUCCACUUUUUAAUAUAAUGUACAUAAUAUAAUAAAAUGCUGAUAUUACAAUA